CCUCGCAACUCCAUCUUGUCGUGUCCAAUCCGGGAGCCUUGCUGCCCGGAUUUUCCUUCUAAUAACUGACUUAUACGUUAGAGAACCAGCAUCGGGAUGUCCAAUCAGCUUUUUGGUAUUAUUCCCGCUGGCCACCCAGUCGUGACAGAGCCGGUCUCGUCGCCUUCAGAGGUUUCGGCUGUCUACACAAUCUCUACCGCCCGACCUGUCUCACACAUAGUCGUCUUCAUGCUGCCGGGCGUGGCGCUUCCGCCCGAUACGGCCGCAGCUAUCUACUUCGCUCCCGCUGUCACUUCACCCACAGCGACUGGUGCGGUCCCGGACUUUCGGUUUCUAGGUGGGGUCGGUCCUGGCAAAGAGAGUGCCAUUUUCAAGAUCAAACCUGGAGCAGCGGGGUCUUCUGGGGAUGGCACAACACUAGCGUCUCCGAACAACUUCAUGAUCGCCAUAUCCAUCGAAGAAGCCGGCUCCGUGGCUUCCCGAAUCCAAGCAAAAGCGUCGGAGUCUGUCGAUAGAGCUGUCCCGUCGACCACCCUUCUUGCGCAAAGAAUCAUCCAAAACGCCUUCAAUUUUCUAUCAGGUUUCAGCGGCACCAUUGGUCACGGAGGCGUGGAGGUGGUGCCUCUUAAGGCGUUCCAGGAGUGGUGGAAGAAAUUCGAGGCCCGAGUCAGGUCCGAUCCGGGCUUUUUGGAAAGGCAGCAAGACUGAUAUCCCACGGACGCGCGCGUCUUGGGCUGUAUGAUGCUUAUUGGCACCUGACGAGUUUCUUGGUCUUCCUCGAUGUCCUCAAUGAUCCACGACUAGUUGCCGUGCGAUUAUUCCAAUGACCGAGAAGACCACCAUCCCAGUCCGCCCUAUCACUAUAUACCAUAUGGAACUCGUAUCGCUGAGAAUCUAAUAUUAGGGUCCUAACCCUUUCAAGCCCAGAUUAGCUCCGAGAUGACCCCUGAGUAUGUAUACACACGAGUGCGAAAUGAUGCGGUAUUACACAGCAGAAAAACGGUACAUGA